AUGUCCGCGUAUGAGCGUGAAUGCGAGCACGGGUAUGACUAUGAGCCGCUCUCCUCCACCGGCGGCGACAGCGAUGCGUUCAGGCUGCUCCUCCUCGAGCCCUCUACGUCCCGCGGCGACGAACUCAGGGGAUCCCUACGCAACACCACCCUUGCUGAGUGUGACUACGACCUGAUCGACCCUUACACAGCCCUGUCUUACGUAUGGGGCACGUCAGAAAGGGCAUGUCGGAUCCGACUCAUCCAUGACGGCGGCCAUGGCAAUCUCUUCGCCAUCACCAAGUCGCUCGGCGACGCCCUGCGCGACCUGCGCGACCCCACGCGCGUGCGAAGGGUCUGGGCUGACGCCCUCUGCAUUGAUCAGCAAAACGUCGGGGAGCGCAACGCCCAGGUUAGCUUGAUGGGGCGCAUCUACUCGACCGCCCACAGCACCGUCAUCCACCUCGGCAAUCUCACGCCCGACGUCUCUGAUGUGUUUUCCGUUCCCCGAGGUCUCGCCGCCGAGCCCGAGACAGAUAACGGCGAAAGUACCGACGUCGCCGUGACACGAGCAGGAGGAGGGCCUUGGAGCCUACUGUCCAAAACGUGGUUCGAGCGGGUCUGGGUUUUCCAGGAACUUGUCCUGUCCAGAGAUCCUUGGGUCCAGUGUGGCUGUAGACGAAUACGAUGGCGCGAGUUUUGUAACUACUUUCUGGGUCGCAGCCCGGGCGCGUCGCAAAGGGCUCACGGCGACGAGGAGAAGCAGCGCGUCAUGGCGGAUAUGAACUCUAGCUGGGCUAGCAAGUCGAGGUUCCCUCUACACCGCGCCGUCAAGGCCCGCAGAGGCCUAGGCGCCACGAACCCGGCCGAUUUUGUCUACGCUACUUUUGGCAUCAUCAGUGAUCUCAAUACUGUCGAACAAUACCUCAAGGUCGACUACAACAUGCCAGUUGGCCAUACGUUUGGCAAAGUUGCACAGUACAUGUUCUACCAGCUCGGCAUUGAACAAAUGAUGUUUCACGUAGACGACGCUCCUGCUACCAAACGGAUAGAGGGGCUUCCUUCCUGGGCACCGGAUUGGACUCUUGAAGCUUCUUACACGAAGCGAAAUCCGUUGUGCAUGGUCAAGGACAACAGCCUGACCCACAUCAGAGUGAAGGGAGUUCAUCAUGCUUUCACCCAGCCUGCGAACAGUGGCCUCCCGCACGUGUUGGGGCACAUCGGCAUGAGGGUGGCCACGAUUCAACACGUCAGCUGUGUCGUGCCUUUUGGCCCGCAGAAUUCGCACCUGACUGCAGAGUACGACUGCGCAAGAGCUGACUUGAUGAAGUUGUACAGGAACGCUUACGGAUCAGGAGACAGGUUCGGUCAGUAUCGACACGUCCCGCUCAAGGGCAAGGAAGCUGAGCAUGAGCAUCUCUGUGAGGUUGUCGGUGGUACAUGGGUCCGGGCAUUUGAAAACUUUCAUAGGCAGUCAACUCCCAAUUGCUCAUCGGGUGCUACUAUCCCAAGCGCUCGCCAGCAACAUGGAGAGACCAGAUUUGUCGAAAUUCUCUCGCAGUGGCUGGCAUCAGAAGCGAGCAAGAAGCGCGAGUUCGUGGGCUCGGGCACCAGCGGCGUCAUCAAACGGCUCUACGGCUACUUUGCCAGAACAACCGGCGAUUCCGACCUCGAAGGCCGACGGCUGGCAUCAACGGUGGGCGGCGGGAUGAGUAUCGUGCCGGCACAGGCUUCGCAAGGGGACGUCAUUGCGUAUCUCGUGGGCAGCGACACGCCCGUCUUGCUGCGCUCGUGGGAUGCCGGGGCGCACGAGCGAGAGAUUGAGUGUCUCUUGUUGGAAUCGCUGAGGCGGCGUGGCUUUGGCGUCGUCACGAUGACCAACGAGCAGAAAGAGCAGGAGUUGUGGAGGGUUCCUGAAGAAGGCGACGUCUCGAUUGAGCACUUCUCAGUCAUUGGGGAGGCGUAUUUAGAUGGACAUGUGGGCUGGGCUUUGAGGUAUCUGCCGAAAGAGUCUGACAUGCGAGUAUUUGCAUUGCACUGA